UCGUCUUUAAGUCCAGCAUUCACGGAGCACCUUGGAUGCAUGCUCAUCUGCCACGUCUGCGCGCCUGAUCCCCCCCCCGUCUGCUUCAGUCCUCCUCUCUUCCUCCAUCUAGCUCGACCUAAGCUCAACGAUGGAGUCGCAGGACACCGUUCAGUCAAUCAGCGCUGAUGAGAUUGCUUUAUACGAUCGCCAGAUUCGCCUGUGGGGAGUCAAAGCCCAGGAAAAGUUGCGAUCAGCAAAUAUACUCCUCAUCACAAUCAAAGCGUUAGCCAACGAGGUUGCCAAGAACCUCGUGUUGGCGGGUAUAGGGUCGUUAACUAUCGUCGACCAUGACGUCGUCAAGGAAGAAGACCUAGGUGCUCAGUUUUUCCUGUCGGAAGCUCACAUUGGCCAAAAUCGCGCACAAGCAGCUGGUCCCCAGAUACAUUCUAUGAACCCUAGAGUCCGCAUCCACAUCGAUACAGAUGAUAUCCGUACCAAGUCGCAAGAGUUCUUCGCUAAAUUCGAUAUCAUAAUCGCUACCGAGUUAGAUUUCCAAACAUACACCACAAUAAAUGCACUCUGUCGUCUGACCAGGCGCCCAUUCUACGCGGCGGGACUCCAUGGAUUCUACGGUUACGUCUUUGCGGACUUGAUCCAGCACGAUUUCGUCAUCGAACGCUCCAAGUCCAACGUGCCCUCACCGCAGCAGGAGACACCGACACGCAGCAUCCUGAACAUUACGACCAAGAAAGAAAAUGACAAGAUCAUCGAGAUGGUGACCAAACGGGAGAAAUAUUCCGAGCUGAUCCUAGCGAACACCUCUCCUCUCCCCAAUGAGCUAACACGCUUGCCCCGGAGGCGCAAGAAGAUAACACCUCUGCUCACCUGCCUCCGCGCACUAUGGGAAUUUCAAAAGCUCACUGGUGGCCGCUUACCCAUCAUAGACUCCCGCCAGGACUUGGAACUCUUCACGAAACUCGCCCGUGAUCGCCACCAUGAGCUAAAACUCGACAUCACUACUCUCAGUUCCGAGUUCCUGCGUACCUUCCUGCAGAAUCUGGGAAGCGAACUGAGUCCCGUUGCCGCCUUCCUGGGGGGUUGUCUCGCGCAGGACGUCAUUAACGUGCUGAGUGCAAGAGAGCAACCGCUACAGAACCUUUUGCUAUUCGAUGGCGAGAAGUCCGAAGCACCCAUCUACUCCCUUCACCCGUUUUUCCCCUCUGAGACUGCGGCGAACUCGCUGGCUGCUAUUCCGCCUGUUACCAAUGCAAUUUCACUAGACGGCGCCUAAUGACUUGCACACGAGCUUGGACUUGAAGCACUAAACCGAUCAAGGAUAGUCGAUGGUCCAUAUUCCUAAUGACAUUCAUUUACAGGUAGGGAACGAGAAACUUUAUGAUUUUCAGGAAUUUGUCCUUUCCCCCCUAUGCCUCUUUAUUCAGUAGAAAAGUAAUUGGUUUCAGAAAAUCUUUUGUUUUUAAUAGAAAAAGGCCCGGCAUCCAAGAGACGCCCGGUGAAUAUGACGACUCAUGUACAAUAAUAGAGAAUUGAUCUAGAAUGGAAUCAGAUAAUUGAAUGAAAUGAAUCUGGUACGCAACAUGUUUUAUAUUCCGGUCACCUCACCUCUGUACAGAAUAGUCGAUAGGAAUGGUGGAGUGUAUACA